UUUUUGAAACUUUCUCGUUUGUCAAAAGAACAGAUUUUCCGAGAGAAGAAAGGGUGAGAUGACAAUGGACAGAGAGAAGGAGAGAGAUAUAGAGCUCGAAAGCGCAAUGUACACGAAUUGCUUGCUUUUAGGUUUGGAUCCGUCGAUAAUCGGUCUCGGAUCAUCCAAUGGGACCCCUCGGGUCGGACGUUUCCGGCACUCCAACCCUAAACUGGGCGAACAGCUUCUUUACUUCAUCCUCUCUUCUCUUCGUGGCCCCACUCAAUCCGCCAGGGAUUUCGAUAGGGUUUGGCCGAUUUUCGACUCAGCGCAAUCUCGUGAUUUUCGGAAGGUUGUGCAAGGGAUAAUCAGUGAGCUGGAAGCACAAGGAGCUCUACCAAGGAGUAAUUCGAGGGUUUCUUCGCUAGCUACUUGCUGUGGACCAAGAUUUGUUGAACUUUUGUGGCAACUUUCAUUGCAUGCGUUGAGAGAGGUUCAUAGACGGACUUUUGCAUCAGAUGUUGCUUCUAACCCGUUGCCUGCACCAUUGACUGAUGUUGCUUUUUCUCACGCUGCUACACUACUUCCUGUAACAAAGGCUCGAAUUGCACUUGAAAGGAGGAGAUUUCUGAAAAAUGCAGAAACAGCUGUGCAGAGACAGGCUAUGUUGUCAAACUUGUCUCAUGAAAUGACUGCAGAGUUCCGUGGUCUUUGUGCUGAGGAGGCAUAUUUGCAUCAAGAGCUGGAAAAACUGCAUGACUUGAGAAACAAGGUAAAGCUGGAAGGAGAGCUAUGGGAUGAUCUCGUCUCCACUUCAAGUCAGAAUUCUCAUUUGGUUUCGAAGGCCACUUGCUUGUGGGACUCUAUAUUGUCUCGUAAAAGUCAGCAUGAAAUUCUUGCUUCAGGCCCUAUUGAGGAUUUGAUUGCUCAUCGGGAGCAUAGGUACCGCAUCUCGGGAUCAUCUUUGCUUGCAGCUAUGGAUCAGAGUUCUCAAGUUCCUCAUAUGGACACCUUAUCUGUCCAGUCUGGUGAUUUGGAUAACAAUGAACAGAAUGAUGGAUGCCACACACAAGUCAAUGAAGAGACACUUUCUCGAGUAGAUGAUAGAAGUGGAAGAGCCCACCAGACCGUUGAUGUAGCCGAAAUUAUCAGACGGUGGACACAUGCAUUACAGCGUAUUCAUAAACAGUCACUUCAGCUGGCAAAAGCUAAUGAUGGGGAGGGUCCUGAUAUUUUACGAAGUGCACAUGAUGGUAGGAUAGGUGGCCAUGCUGAGUCAUUAGCUGCAACUCUUACUGAGCAUCAGCAACACCUGGCUAGCUUUCAGGUGCUUAUUAACCAACUAGAAGAAGUUGCUCCAUCAAUCCAGAAGUCAAUAUCAGAGUGCAUGGAGAAAGUAAAUAGCAUUUCCUCCAACUUACCUGCAAUGGCCAAACAUCGUGGUCAAACCACUUCACCUAUUCAAGCUCAGACCAGUAGAAGGACCUUGGAAAUUAGUUCUGCUGAUGUUGGUGACAUAACUUCAAAAAUGUCUGCUGUUCAGCUUGAGAAGGAUUCAGCCAGCCCUCCUGCUUUAAAGCUUCCACAUUUAUUUAGUUUAACUCCAAAUUCAUCUGGAAAGGGUGGAAGCAUUCAAAAGCGACACACCUUAGCCCCUCAGACCAACCAGAUUGACACUUUGUCUGAAAAGAGCUCUAUGGAACAGCCUCUAUCAAACGAUCGCCUGGAUAACUCGCCGCAAGAUAGUGAUACUUCUUAUGUUGAGAACAUAAAGAGAUCUGUUAGGCAAGCCGCAUUGUCACUGCCAUCCUGCAAUUCAGAGUUGUCACGUGUCAGGCAAUCUGAUGAAAGUUAUGAGCAUUCCUUUGUACCUAUUUCAUCAACUAAUAAUUCUCAUGUGGGACCAGAAACUAAAUUGGGCUCGAUAAGAACUAAGAGAUUAUUUUCAACUCAAACAGAAAAUUCCUUGCUCGACAGCCAUAUGAAUGAUGGUCGUAUUGGGAAUAAUUAUGAUCAAGUAAAUGGAUUUCACUCACCCACUGCUUCUAGUUGUGCAGCUUCUGAUUGGCAAAGAUUGCUUUUUAAUUUGGAAGAUACACAGAAUCAGAUCUUCUCUCCUCCUCUGCUGAUGGACACAUCCCUGUUAGCCGAUUCUUAUGAGGACUUGCUCGCGCCACUUUCAGAAACAGAAACAGCCUUGAUGGAACAUUGAGGUGGAGCCUAGACGAUUCCGUUUGGAUGAUUUUGCUUUUGAUUGUUGCUUGGGUCGUGCAGCACUCUCCCAUUGAUAGACUGCUUGACACGAUACUUGUAUGUACAUUACGGGACAGAUCGACAUGAGAGCAGCUAACUCCACUGAGAUCUUGAAGACUGCGUGGUAUUACUUUGUAAGGUAACACGAGCUC